UCUACCAGAAAACGUCCUUUUGAACUUGGCAUGGGUUAAACUGUUUAUUUAUUUUCUCUUUCAUUUACUGUAAGCUUUUGGAACUAAAUUGACAUCAUACAACUGUCAUCCUCUGUCAACAGCUCCUGAAAACAUAAUUAUAUAGCUAUACCUAUUGUGAUAUUUAUUUACUGUACAUGGUAUAAAGGAUGAAGAUAUGUGUUAAUGACACAGAAUUAUGAGUAAAAAUGUCUUGUGUAAUUAUAUUUACCCAAGACUAAGAAUUCAUCUUUGUACAGUUAUUAGAUGUAUAUCAACACAAAAUCAUUAUGCCAAUCUAAAGAUAAAGCCUAAUGCUUCUGCAAAAGAAAUAAAAGAAGCUUAUAUUAAGUUGACAAAAGAGCAUCAUCCAGAUUCUAAUCUCAAUGAUAAUGCCAAUCAUGACAAAUUUGUGAAAAUCAAUGAAUCCUACCAAAUACUGAUUGAUUUAAAGAAACGACAGGAAUACGAUCAAUCUAAAGGAUACAGUAAAAAACCACCAGGGAAAAGUUCUCGUACAAAUUCAGCAUAUCAGCAGAAUACUUAUGCAAAUUAUCAGAAUGCUUAUACAGAUUACCGCAGCAAUGAGGAUAAAAGACGUGAAGAGUUACGAAGGAAACAUAAUUUUGACCAGUUUAAGAAAAGCAAAAAUAAUUUAAGUGAUCUGGUUGACAUAGGAUUAGUAUUAGGUGCAUUGACAGCAUGUUAUUUUCUGAUUAUUGGAACUCUAUCGAGAACAGUUGGAAAAGCCCAGCAAGAAAAGCAUGCAAAGUAUGCCAAAUAUUCCAAACUGUACACAGAUGAUAUUGAUCAAAUAUUGGAAAAAGGGGGCAAAAACUGGGAUGAAGCAGAUAAAUGGAUAGCUAGAGAAUACAUAGCCAAACAUUAUAGAGAAGGUAAAGGCAUCAAGAAGUAGAACAGGGAAGAUUUCUCCUAUCUAAACUUUUUUAUAAGUCUUACUUUGUAUUUAUAUGUUAUGUACUAUUUUAUUUGAAUGAUAAAAGAAUUUUACUUUUUAUUA